AUGCAAGAAAUUUUUAAACGGUUAGAGCUCAAAGAGGAAAAAUUUUCCAUAUUUGAAGCAGCAACAGAUCAAGACAUGAAACAUUUGUGGGAAUCGGUACUUGAAGUAGAUAAUUCAUUGGUACCCGAAGAUACAUCAAAGAAACAUAUUGAAAAUAAGCCCCGUAUCCUUGAGUUUAUGAAUCAUUGCUGUCGUUCGAGAACGUAUUUUUUUGAAAUUCGAAAAUGUCAAGAAGCUAGAACAGGUUGUACAAUUUGUAAACCGCCAUGGAGUAGACCUGAUGUAUUUUCAAAGUUGCAACCCUUCCCCGAUUCUAUUCCUAAAGCAAAUGAAGAUCAUUAUAUGCCAUUCUGUGAAAUAUAUAGUAAAGAUACUAGUAAAAAAUACCGCCCAUCAUUGCUUCAAAAAGCCAAUGUGCCUACAUCAACAAUUACUACGACUAUUGAUAGUCUUGGUGUUAAUGGAAUGGGUUUCAGUCCUCGAGCACAAUAUGCAACAAAUGUUCGUAUCUUGGUCAAGUGCAUUGAAUGUAACCGUCCACGAGUUCUCUACUCACAAUAUCGUCUAAACCCAGAGGAGGAAAAUCUUCUUAAAAAUUUCUUGGAAACAAUUGAUUAUACAUGCGGCACAACAUUUUAUGGAAUUUCAGAUCUCACAAAAGCCAGUCCACCCUUAUUUCGAAACGAUAAUAAUUGCAGCAUAAAUAAUGACGAACUUACCUGCGCGAUAUCAAUAGAAGUUCCUUACUUUUCUUCUCACCUUUAUCCUGAUGUUUGUUUCCAGUGUGGUGAUACAGAAAUCUUUUCUCCAACUCCUGCUAGUGAACAACCAUAUUGCUCUGAAUGCUAUGCCACAGUAAAAACUAAAAAAAAAAAGGGCAAAGGCGUUAAGUUUAAAGCUAAAAAAAGAAAAGCAGUUAAGAAAAGUGUCGCG